AUGGAGUUGGAAAGACCUCCAGCUGCCCCCUUAAAGGGAAGGAAGAAGGACGCAAUAGAACAGUUCCUUGGAACCCCUCAAUUGUUUCUUGAAAAUGGCUUAUCUCAACUCAGAUACAUGAUCCUAAUAGAAGGACUCUCAAUCCCCCCAGGUUACGAUAUGUGUCCAUAUAGGUCAUAUGUAUGGUCAAUUCUUAGUCGGGUGUCCAAUUUCCGUACUGAGGAUUACAUUGACUUGCUUUCUCGAGUGCCCAAUGAACUCGAUGUGGAUAUUUAUAAUAAGAUUAAGAACGAUACCUUUCGAACCCUUAUGAAUGAUACCCAAUUCCAUCUGAAGGUAAGUGAAGACUCCUUGGUACGAAUCUUAUCUUGUUUGGCUUUAUCUACUAAUAAUAGAGUGGGGUACGUUCAAGGUUUGAAUGUGCUUUUGGCUCCAAUUGCUUAUGCUUGUCAUAAAAGUGAACCACAAGCCUUUGCUAUACUUCAUAGUCUUAUUGUUAACCAAAUCCCUUUAUAUGUGACUCCCAAUCUUGAUGGUGUUCAUACCGGACUAUCAUUGGUCGAUGUGGUAUUGAAAAUUAUUGAUCCUAUAUUAAGUGAAUAUUUAGAUUCAAAAUUCUUAAAGACAGAAAUCUUUGCCUUCCCUUCAGUCAUCACACUAAGUGCUUGUACACCGCCAUUAACUCGUUUAUUGAAGUUAUGGGACUUAUUGUUUGCUUAUGGUACUCAUAUGAAUAUCUUCUUCAUUGUGGCCCAAUUAAUUCUUAAUCGUUCAGUUAUCUUAAAAUCUCCUCAACCAAUGAAAAUAUUACGAAGUUUCCCCUAUCUAGAAGAAAAUGAAAUUAUAAAAUUAAGUCUAAGCAUGGCUAUGAUCCUCGAGUUCCUCAAGAAUUAA